GUUCAAUCCGCACGUUUCAAUCCGGGGCCCGAUCCUCAUGCCAGCACGCCGCAGAUGAUGCCCAUGCCAGAGGAUGCUACUAGCUCGUCUUAAGCAAUGUCUCAUAGGGAUAUCUCUGAGGUGGAGCCCGAAGGUACGUCGGCCUUGGCCGCUGGAUCGAGGGCAUUAUUCUUAGAGACGGUGCGCAGGAGUAACACGGCGUGCCAGAAUGGGGAUUACGCACUGGCCGCGACACUGUACACGGAAGCUCUCGCCUUGGAUCCCCUCAGUCACGUAUUGUACUCAAACAGAUCGGCCGCCAGGCUCAAAAUGGGAUUAUUCGCACUCGCGUUGCAAGACGCUGUCAGAGCUACCGAGCUGAGUCCGCAGUGGCCAAAGGCGUACUACCGGCAGGGAGUAGCACUGCAAUGCCUAGGACGUCACGGAGAGGCACUCGUUGCCUUCAGCACGGGAUUAGCUCACGACGCGUCGAAUCAUCAACUGUUGUCAGGCUUGGUAGAGGCGUCCCUGAAGUCUCCGCUGCGACCGACGUUGGAGCCGACGUUCCAACAGUUGCGCGCGAUGAAGCUCGACGAGUCUCCGUUCGUCGUUAUAUCCGUGGUCGGUCAAGAGCUGCUCGGAGCCGGGCAGUACAGGGCGGCCGCUGGCGUGCUGGAAGCCGCGCUCACCAUCGGCUCGUGCAGCUUGAAAUUGAGGGGCUCCGUAUUCUCGGCUCUGUCCAGCGCGUACUGGGCACUGAACUCUUUGGACAAGGCGAUCAAUUACAUGCAGCAGGAUCUGGGAGUGGCGCGUUCCCUGGGGGACACGCAGGGCGAGUGCAGAGCCCACGGCAAUCUGGGCUCCGCUUAUUUCAGCAAGGGCAGCUUCAAGGAGGCUCUGACGGCUCAUAGGUAUCAACUUGUUCUAGCCAUGAAGUGCAAAGACACGCAGGCGGCGGCAUCGGCCUUGACCAGUCUGGGACACGUCUACACGGCGAUCGGCGAUUUGCCGAACGCUCUGGCCUCCCACAAGCAGUGCGUGCAAUUGGUGAAGCAGAUGGGCGAUCGACUGCAGGAGGCCCGCGAGAUCGGCAACGUCGGGGCGGUCUAUUUGGCGAUGGGGGAGUUCGAAAGCGCUGUCGACUGCCACACGCAGCACCUGAGGAUAGCCAGACGACUGGGUGAUCGCGUGGAGGAGGCGAGGGCCUUCAGUAACUUGGGAUCGUCUCAUCACUAUCGUAGAAAUUUCGGGCAGGCGAUGGCUUAUCACGAGAACGUUUUGAGAAUAGCUCAGGAGCUCGGAGACAGAGCGAUCGAGACCAGAGCUUACGCGGGAUUAGGUCACGCCGCUAGAUGUGCAGGUGACUUGGCGCAAGCGAAGCUCUGGCAUCAGAGACAGCUCGACGUCGCGUUGGUGACGAAAGACAAGGUGGCCGAGGGACGAGCCUGCAGCAAUCUAGGCAUAGUGUACCAACUGCUCGGCGAGCACGACGCCGCCUUGAAAUUACAUCAGGCACACUUGGGAAUCGCGAGAUCGUUAGGAGACAAGGCCGGUAUGGGUAGAGCGUACGGAAACAUCGGCAAUGCUUACAACGCCUUGGGUUAUUACGAACAAGCCAUCAAGUACCACAAACAGGAAUUAACGAUAAGCAAAGAGGUAAACGAUCGCAGCUCAGAAGCCAGCACGCACGGAAACCUGGCGGUCGCCUAUCAGGCGGUGCAAGGCCACGAAGCGGCAUUGAGGCACUACCGGGCUCACUUAGCUAUAGCGCGCGAAUUGAAGGACACGGCUGGUGAGGCGUGCGCCCUGCUGAAUCUCGCCAAUUGCCUCUCUUCGCGCGGUAGAUUCGAGGAGGCGGUGCCAUAUUACGAGCACUAUCUGAUGUUGUCGCAAGAAUUGCACGACGUUGAGGGAGAGGCUAAAGCGUGCCAUUUCCUGGGAUACGCUCACUACUGCCUGGGAAAUCAUCGGGAGGCGGUCAGAUACUACGAUCAGGAUUUAGCGCUAGCGAAGGACUUGCAGGAUAAAUCCGGGAUGGGUAGAGCUUACUGCAAUCUGGGAUUGGCCCACUUGGCGCUGGAAAAUCUGGACACCGCAUUGGAAUGUCAAAAAUAUUAUUUGGCGAUUGCACACAUGACCAAACAUCUGGCCGGCAAGUUUCGCGCUCUCGGAAAUAUCGGCGAUUGUUUGUUACGCAUGGGAGAGGUCGACGAAGCUAUCAAGAUGCACCAACGUCAGUUGAAUUUGGCACGUCAAGCGGCCGAUCGUUGCCUGGAAGCGGCUGCCUACGGCGCAUUGGGGAUCGCUCAUCGAGCUACGAAGAAUUUGGACAAGGCUCUCGGUUUUCACACGCAGGAAUUAACUCUGAGACAGGAAGCCAGUGACUUGCGCGGCGAGUGCAGGGCACACGGAAACCUGGGCGCUGUGCAUAUGGCACUGGGACAGUACACUCAUGCGGUCAAGUGUUAUCAAGAACAAUUGGAGAGGGCGAAGGAACUAGCGGAUUCUGGAGUUGAAGCUCAAGCAUUAGGAAAUUUGGGCAUAGCUAGGCUUAAUAUGACGCAUUACGAGGACGCUAUCGGUUAUUUCGAGCAACAGUUAGCAACUUUAGAACCGCUAACUACCGGCACCGCUUUACUCGACAAAGCUCGAGCUCUCGGAAAUUUGGGAGACUGUUACGAGGCCUUGGGCGAUCUGGAAGAAGCUAUUAAGUGCCACGAACAGCAACUGACAGCCGCUACGAAAUUGAAAAGCAUAAGAGAUCAGGAGAGAGCGUACAGGGGAUUGGGAAGAGCACGCGAGGCUACCGGAAAUUUACAAGAAGCCUUGGUAUGUUUCGAGAAGAGAUUAGUGGCCGCUCAUGAAGUGGACAGUCCCGAGGCGAGAGGUGCUGCCUACGGUGAUCUAGGCAGAGUACAUGCCGCGUUAGGAAAUCACGAGCAAGCCGUCAGUUGUCUGUCGCACCAAUUGGCCCUCGCUCGCGGACUCGGCGAUAAAGCGGCCGAGGCCGAAGCCGCCAGCGGUUUGGGAGCGGUACACCUUCUGAUGGACGAUCCGAAUUCGGCGUUACGUCACCAUCAGUUGGAGCUGUCGAUCGCCGAGGGUCUGGACGCUGCCGGAUUGCAAGCGCGCGCAUGUGCCAAUCUGGGAGUGACUCAGGAGACGUUGGGACAAUACGAGGAAGCUAUAAGGUUGCAGGAACAGUCGUUGAGCCUUGCGGCCGCGGCGGGCGAUCAACCCGCCCGAGCGGCGGCUUUCGCGAGUCUAGGUCGACUCCAUCAUCUGUGCGGGGAUCUGCCGCGCGCUCUAAGCUAUCUGCAGUCUGGUCUGUCCUUGUCCGAGGGCCUGGGCAGGCGGGAAGAAGCCGCCAGGCUGCGGCACAGACUUGGCCUCGUGCACUGGGAGACCGGAGAGGCGAUCAUCUCCGUCGAACACUUGGAGAAGGCCGCGAAUCUCUUGGAAUCGUUAGACGGAACUUCCAUGUCCCUUUCUUGCGGUCAACCCAAUCGAGCCGAGUUGCUAUCGGAAACGUACAGAAUGUUGCAAAAGGUACUAAUCAGUCUAAAUCGGGCCGAAGAGGCUCUGAAUUGGGCGGAGAGAUCCAGACGAUCCAAGAGCAAUUCCCUGGACGACGCGGCUCACUAUUCCGAGAUUAUUGAUCGACAGCGCGGAGUUAUCCUGUACUACAGCGAGGUGGGAUGUGAAUUGCAUGCGUGGUGCUUAGCGCCAGGACGUGGACUGUUACGAUUCCACUCUACCACAUUGGACGACGGGGUAGGUCUGGAGAAGAGAGUCCUACAAGCGCGCGAAGCGCUGCUGGACGAGAGCAACGAGCUUGUCGAGGAAUCCACCAAAAUCCCGUCGAGGGGUCAUCACUUGAACGCCAGUUCCUACAGUUUGAGCAGCCUCUUCAGCGUCGGCUCCGUGAGCUCCCGCGCCGGAAGCGCCCGUUGGGGACGAGGUGCGAAAGGACCUACGUGGCAGGCGCCGCUGCCGAUACAGGUGCUCUACGAUCUUCUCCUUGCCCCGUUCGAGGAUCUGCUACCGCCGCCGCGAAAGGAGCUGAUCAUGGUGGUGGAGAAGUCUCUCUACUUGGCGCCGUUCCCGGCUUUGCAGUCCAAUCCAGGCGAGGAUUAUCUGUGCGAGAGAUUUUCGUUGUUGGUGGUGCCGUCUCUUGCGGCGCUCAGAAAGAGAUCGAAAACACCUGUGCUGGAGGGCGGUGCUACCGUAGCCGCGCUCGUCGCCGGAAAUCCUGUUCUGCCGGAGGACAUUCGAGAGGAGUACGGUUGGGUCGAGAGCGUCGCCUCCACCGAGACCGAGUCGGAAAUAGUCGCCGAAUUAUUGGAGGCUCGCGCAAUGACUGGAAUGGAAGCUACCAGAUCGGCGGUUCUGCGGUCUCUACCGGAUGCGGAGUGCGUUCACCUGACGGUGCCGGUCUUCUGGAGUAACGGCAGCCUAGCGUUCUCGCCCGAUCAGUGCGAGGAGCCGUCCGAGAGGCCGGAGUACCUGAUAAGCCAAUCGGAUUUACUCAGGCUGAAGAUGUCCGCUCGCCUGGUGGUCGUGUCCAGCGGUAACAGUUGGAGCAACGUAGAUUGCACGAACGCCACAUCGGACGGUAUACAGAAUCUCGCCAAAACUUUGUUGAGCGCGGGCGCGCAAUGUGUUCUCAUUGGGAUGUGGGCAGUACCACCGACCGCCGGCAGCAUCUUGUUACGGGCAUUCUACAGCGCGAUGUUGCAGGGCGCGAGAGCGUCACGUGCAUUGGCCGAGGCGAUGCAGACCGUUCAGCAUACCAGACACUUUGCUCAUCCCGCUAACUGGGCCGGUUGGCUGCUUAUCGGCGGAGACGCAAGAUUGUCCAACAAGGUCGCGCUCAUGGGUCAAGCGCUGGCGGAAUUAUUGCGAGGCGGUCCCGAGCAGAGCAGGGACGCGCUGCGAGUGACGCUUCAUCUGGUAGAGAAAUCGUUGCAGAGAAUUCAUCGUGGGCAGAAGAACGCGAUGUACACGACUCAGCGUAGUAUCGAGAACAAGGUGGGCGCGGCCACCGGUUGGCGAGAGCUCCUCAUGUCCGUGGGAUUCAGAUUCGAGCCGGCCGGCAACGGCAUACCGUCCUCCGUGUUCUUCCCGCAAAGCGAUCCCGAGGAAAGACUGACGAGAUGCAGCGCCAGCUUGCAAGCUCUACUAGGAUUAGGUCAAUCGUCGUUGCACGCUUUGGCUAGGCUCUUACAAGCGCCAGAAGCUGCGGAAGACGUAAUCGCUGCCAUGAGAAGAGCCAGCUGCGCCACGGAAGGACAAGAAGUUAUAUUGCCCGUACACGUUUGGAGAGCGUCAGGAUCACACGAGCUGUUCGCUAGCUUAGGCUUCGACUUGAUGGAAGUCGGGCAAUCGGAAGUGAUACUGAGAACAGGCAAGCAAGCCUCACGUAGAGCCGUUCAGUUUGCUCUUCAAGCUCUUCUCGCAUUAUUCGACACGCAGGAAGCACCUAAAAGUCUCAGCUUGGAUUCGGGCAGUUCAAUGGAGAGUUUAGCUUCCGUUGCCCAUACCGAGAAAAACGGCCUGGUAGAACGGCCACGAUUGGGAGGAGCUUUCGCAAGUUACGUACGACAUCGUGGCGAACCAGACGGGAAAACCAUGGAACCACCGAACGUCUUGAUACCGGCACGACAACCAUGUCAAAAUGGUGGAGGUGAAUCAGACGUGGCAUUUACACCUAGUCCUCCUGUGGCGCUUAACUUGAACCAUCAGGCCCGUAUCCGGAAUCUCUAUCCCGAUCAGAAUCUGGUGAGGCCCGGCUCGAGCUCGAGUAGCUCGGUGACAGAUUGGGACAACGGCCACGCCACCGUGUUGAGACGGCAGCCGUUGCCGCCGUUGCCGGCCAACGUGCUGGAGAGGUUGAGCGUGAGGACGGAGAUCGACACGAGUUCGUCGAGGAAGUCGCGGCAUUCCGCGACGGCGAACGAGGACAUCUGCGGCGCGCAGACCGACGUGACGCAGCCCACGGAGACGCAUCCGCAAAACCUGAGGAACCUGGCUACUUCCCUGACAAGCCUGACGCGCGAGCUCACGCCCACGAUCUCGGAGGUGUACCACGAGCGCAAUCUGGGGCUGGGUCUCGCGCCGUCCCUGUCGAAGCUGCUGGAGGAGGUGAGCGCCGUGUCCGAGAACGAGGAGUCGCAGACGGCGAAGACGACGGUGGGGGGCCACGGUCAGACGCAGAAUUGGAUGCAGAACGAGCCGGAGCUCUGCCGGAGGGACGAGGCCGACGGUAGAUCCAUCGCGGAGUCGCAGUGCAGCGCCGCCAGUUCGAAUAAAAUACCUCGGAAAGCACCCGCGCCACCGAUAUAGAUUAUUUAUAUUUAUAAGUUAAAGCGGAGUAUAGUACUGGGUACCAAAGAAUGGGAGACACAUCGGGAGUACGUGGGUCGUCGCCUUUUGCAGUCACGGCAGGAUCGGCAGUAAACGAUCGACGGCGAAGGGCGCGUAUUCACUUGCCAAUAUAUUUCUUGGUAUUCAAGAUGAAACCCUGAAAGUAUAUACACUCUAGGAACCAUAAAUGCUUUAAUACUCUUCUAAAUGCACAUAUUUGCAUACAUGUCCAUUUUUUUUCAUAUGCCGCGGAGAGCUCGCGAGAUGCAACGAGAUCUAUAUAUAACGUACAAGGACGAAGUAAUCUCGCUAAUAAGCGCUAAUAUGCUCAAGUAGUCAGUUCGUAGAGUUCGGAUGUUUAAUGAACUGAAAGAAUCAACUUAUCUACAUAUUUCGCUCUCAAUUAUGAUUUUAUCUGUCUAGAUGUAAUACAACAAAUAAUAUCAGCUGCACAUCCGAGCUCUAUUACUUCGACUAUCAUGUUUCUUACAAAUCACGCGUUCUAAGUAGAGAACGCGGUUCUCAAAUCAGAUUGACAUUCUAUACUACGUUUAUACUUCGCAAAACACACACACAUGCACACAUAUACAAAAAUACGUAUUAUAUUUAAGAGAAAUGUGUUAGAUGAAUUCAUCUGUUAAAGCUUGUCACGAAGGAAAAUUGUGUUACUCGUGUAUUUUACUAAAUUGUUAAUCUGAAAAUUCUUGGCAAAGCGAUAAAAAAAAGACAAUAAAAAUCAUGUAAUGUUAGUCUUAUCGAUAAUAUACAUACGUGAAUAUUGAAAACGGUAAAAAUUCUAAAAGGUAUUAACAUCAACUUUUACUAUGUUACAAAUGUCUCUGCGUGUAGUAAC